UCUCUGUAGAAAGUACAUUCUGUGCCCGUGUGAAGCCUGGCUGACUGCGAGCAUCAUCCAACGCAUCGCCAUGACUUGGCUGCUGGACCCAUCAGGGGCUUCUCUGGAAGAGCUGACAUAGUCCCAUCUCCCGGAGCACCGGCCAGUUUUGCUGCCUCCAUCCCAGCCCUGCUGUCCCUCCUUCCCUGCCCAAGCCCCCACCUCACUCCGCAGCCCAGGACAGUGACCGUUCCCGGGAGGACAGCGGAGGAGCUGCGGGAUGGACAAGAAAAGCAAAAUGCAAGCAGAGAAGCACCUCACAGGAACGCUGGUCCUCUCCGUCUUCACCGCAGUGUUGGGUUUCUUCCAGUACGGCUAUGGCCUAGGUGUCAUUAACGCCCCCCAGAAGGUGAUAGAAGCCCACUACAGGCGUGUGUUGGGCAUUGCCCCCCUGGACAGACAUGCCACCAACACCUCCGGGGAGGAUGGCACCACCCCCGUCCCGGGCACGGAGCCCUGGGGCAGCACCAAGGGCACGCUCACGCCCCUGGCCGGCCCCAGCGAGGACCUUGCCACCUCCCCGCACAGCCUCACCAUGUACUGGUCCCUCUCCGUCUCCGUGUUUGCCGUCGGCGGCAUGGUCUCCUCCUUCACCGUGGGGUGGAUCGGUGACCGGCUGGGGAGGGUGAAAGCCAUGCUGGUGGUGAACGUGCUCUCCAUCGCUGGUAACCUCCUCAUGGGGCUGGCGAAAUUCGGGCCAUCUCACAUGCUCAUCAUCGCCGGGAGAGCAGUCACGGGGCUGUACUGCGGGCUCUCCUCCGGACUCGUGCCCAUGUACGUCAGCGAGAUCUCUCCCACGGCCCUUCGAGGAGCACUGGGGACGUUGCACCAGCUUGCUAUCGUCACGGGUAUCCUCAUCAGCCAGGUCCUUGGACUAGACUUUCUCCUGGGCAACGACGAGAUGUGGCCCCUGCUCCUCGGUCUCUCUGGUGUGGCUGCCCUCCUGCAGUUCUUCCUGCUCUUACUGUGCCCCGAGAGCCCCCGCUACCUUUACAUCAAACUGGGGAAGGUGGAGGAAGCUAAAAAAAGUCUGAAAAGGCUCAGAGGAAACUGUGACCCGAUGAAAGAGAUUGCUGAGAUGGAAAAGGAAAAGCAAGAAGCUGCUAGUGAAAAGAAAGUCUCCAUAAGGCAGCUUUUCACCUCUUCGAAGUAUUGGCAGGCUGUCAUCGUGGCGCUGAUGGUGCAGAUAUCUCAGCAGUUCUCCGGAAUCAACGCAAUCUUUUACUACUCUACAAACAUUUUUGAGAGAGCUGGGGUUGACCAACCAAUUUACGCAACCAUUGGCGUUGGAGUGGUGAACACAGUCUUCACAGUUAUCUCUGUCUUUCUGGUGGAGAAGGCGGGCAGGCGGUCCCUGUUCCUGGCCGGUUUGAUGGGCAUGUUAAUUAGCGCCGUGGCCAUGACGGUGGGACUUGUGCUCCUGAGUCAGUUUGCCUGGAUGAGCUAUGUCAGCAUGGUCGCAAUCUUCCUCUUCGUCAUCUUCUUUGAAGUUGGGCCUGGGCCCAUCCCCUGGUUUAUCGUAGCCGAACUGUUCAGCCAAGGCCCGCGCCCCGCCGCCAUCGCCAUCGCCGGCUUCUGCAACUGGGCCUGCAACUUCAUCGUGGGAAUGUGUUUCCAGUACAUAGCGGAUCUGUGUGGACCGUACGUGUUUGUGAUCUUCGCAGCUCUGCUUCUAGUCUUCUUUCUGUUUGCAUACUUCAAAGUACCGGAGACGAAAGGAAAGUCCUUUGAAGAGAUCGCAGCUGUGUUCCGCCGCAAGAAGCUCCCGGCCAAGGCCAUGACUGAGCUGGAAAACCUGCAAGGCAGCGAGGAGGCAUAGACAUUGCCGUGCACCCAGAAAGGAGGGACUGAGCACAGACCUCCUUCAGGCACCGCGGGAAGAACGUUGGGUAAAAGUCUCAUUUCACAAAAACCUUGCAGCUGGUGGACCAAGAGGACCCAUCCCUCAGGUGUUUUCCAGCUGCUGUGGCUCACACCUCCGAGCCACAGGUCCUAACCUGGUGUUUUACUCUGAAAUACUUGCUACAGCUGGGCUGCAGGAAGAGCCAGGGAAAGGACAGGAGGAAUACGUUACAUGUGUGUCUCCAUGCCCCACUGGAAGAGCCCGGUGGGAGGAUGAUCUUACUAGCUGGCAAAGCAUUACAUUGAGCAGGAUCAUCACUCAGCUGGAAUGAAGGAAAGAGGGGUUGGCUGAUGCUGUAGCCUCAUGUUUUCACCUCUUUGUCCUUGCUUGCUGCUUCCUCCUUCUGGGGACUAAUCUCAUGCCUUGAGAAACCAACUGCUAGUGCAGUUGUGCCACCAGCACGCAGCACUCAGCGCCCGAGGUGCUAAGAAAAACAGAAUGAGCAAACUCCCCCUUGCUCUUGCCUGUGCAGAGGAAGAAGGUAGACCCCACCUGAAUCGGCUGGGAAGCACCUCGCUUGCUUUGCUAUCUGUGCAUUUUGGAGGCAUUGUCCAAUCUCAUAAGGACAAUGUUUUUAUGGACAAUUUUAGAAACUCUGGCUGGGCUGAUGUGGAUUUUUUUUCUUUUGUUUAAGCCAGACUAUUUACCUCCCGUUUCCCCCUAGGAAGCCUUUCCUCCCUCCUUUAUCCCUGCUGCAGCACAAGACACAUCACUUCACUGACCACAUAACAAUGGCCCUGGGCACUCCUGGCACCCGGGUCAGGAGACUCAAGCCCUGCUGCCAUCCGUCCCAUGGUGUGACCAUCGCCAGGUCACCUCCCCUCGCUGCUCCUCCUUCCCCACCCUCUGCGUCUGCCUUCCCUUCUUUUUGUACAAUGCUUAGAUGCAGAGGAUCCAGCUUCAGCCGAGGGCUCGGGCUGCCGAUACCGUAACAAUUGGUGAUAACCCAAAGGGGAAAUGGGUAUCGCAGCAGUAACUGGAAGGUGCCCCACUGAUCCGACCCUCCCUUUGCACCACUUCAGGUUUUGCUGGCUGGAUGUGCUUCAGCCAAGACAGUGUGCAAGCAGGAGGUUGUGUUGUUGCUGUAGCCUUGUUUGUGCUUGUUUUGCUUCUUUAUGAAAUACCUUCAUGUGACAAAAUCAAACUGCAGGGAUUUUUCUUCCUUUUUUGCGGGGGGAUAUGUUGGAAUCAUUGUAAAAGCCUGCUCUCUGUUUGCUUGACUUUUAAGAUUUGCGUGUCCCUUUUUGUGAUACCAGGUUACUUUCCAGCACCUUUCUCGGGAUAGAUGCCCAUUAUUUAUUUAGAGAUGAAACACUAGCAUUGCUCAGUCGCUGCAAGCUCAUCACGACUGCCAGAGAAGCAGUGACCAUAAUGUAACAGAGGAUCAAGCGUAAUGAAAAGCAUAAGGAUAGAUGGGCCAAGGAGGAUCAUAGGCUGCUGCUAGAGGUUUGGUUUUAGGGAAGGUUUGUGCUCCUUUCCAUGUGCCUGAACUUUCUUCCUUUGUAGACUUUACCCUCUUGGUAUUAAGACCCUAGAGGAAAUUCUGGACUAGAAGUGUAGCUGCGAGGUCCACUAGGACAAGCGUCUGGCCCCGGUCCAUGCAGUGAAGCAGUAUGAUUGCACCAGAGGCCUUCCUGGAGUGACCGCCGGGAUUUAACUACUGGAGAACUGGGUCAAUGCUGCCAUGUGCUACAGCAGGGGGACCUGGGGCUGACACGGGGCACGCAGGGCGUGUGGGAAGCGGGGCCCAGGCUGCGGCGCACGGAAGAGAACAGCAGAGCUGGGGCGCAGGCUCUGGGUCGAACCGUCAGUCUCUGUGCUGCAAAGGGGUCUCCCCCGCUGAGACUAGCUGAGACAGCAGGCUCAGCAGCUCUCCAUGGUGUCUGCUGCGGUUAGUUAAAUAUUAUAAUGGAGUGACUGAAUGUAAAAAAAGGGGGGAAAAAAAAAGAUGGCUUCUGGCUUUCAGCAAUGUUAUCUAUGUCUGUUACAUAAAAAUGACAAUGGACAAUAUCUACAGCA